UUCGAUAUUAACAUCCGUGUCCUCGAUGUCAACGAUAAUCCUCCACGAUUUCCAUCUUCUCGCUAUAUCGUCAAUAUCUCAGAAAGUGCCAAUGUCGGUGCCGAUUAUCAUAUUGGCCAAGCUAGCGAUGCUGAUCCAGAUCAUGGUGCUAUCCUCUAUCAUAUCGUCUCUGGCAAUGAAACUGGCCACUUUAACUUAAUUACCAAAGGUGAUGUUUUAUAUCUCCAACUGAUUAAGAAAUUCGAUCGAGAACAACAAUCGUAUUAUGCAAUCAACAUUUCAGCAACCGAUAGCCAAAAAAAUCAAUAUGUCGGUUAUACACGAUUAGAUGUUUAUGUUUUAGAUAUUAACGAUAAUGCACCAAAAUUUCAACAAGCUUCCUAUCAAGGAGAUAUUCUCUCUACAGCAUCGAUUGGCACUUUAAUCGUAACUGUUCAUGCUGAAGAUAGUGAUGAUGGCCAAUUUGGUCUAGUUAGUUAUGCCUUUAAGACAGUACAAAAUGAUUUUAACAUCAAUGCUACCACAGGUGCCAUUACUCUUCGACGCCAGCCAACACAAACAUCGUAUACUAUCGCCGUGACUGCUAGCGAUCAUGGCCAACCGAGCAAUACUCAACAAACGAUCGUCAGCAUUAAAGUCAUUAAUCCCAAUGCUAUUACAUUAAAUAUUCAACCUUUUCCAUCAGGAUCGAUUGCUUAUGUCCCUGAGAAUAGUGUGGAUAGAGCCUUAGUUGCCUUUGUGACAACUAUUUAUAACCAAGCAGAUGUAGAAGGACCUGUCCAUGUCAAUAUUACUGCUGGUAAUAUUGGCCAGGUUUUCCAAUUAGAUGCUCGAGAAAAUCCUGCCUUGGUGAUUAACGUUAAACCAUUAGAUCGGGAAAAUAUCAGCCAGUAUCAAUUAACCAUUAACGCUACAGAUAGUAAACAUCCCAAUAUUAUGUCUAGUGGGAUAUUAACCAUCCAAGUCACUGAUGAUAAUGAUCAUCAACCCCAUUUUCAACGUUCUGAAUAUUCUGCUCUUCUACCUCAAAAUAGUCGUGGUGGAGUAUUUGUCCUACGAACGUUAGCUUACGAUAAUGAUACUGGUAGCAAUAGUCAAUUACAAUAUCAGAUCUUAACUGGCAAUAACGAUUUUGCUUUUCAAAUCGAUCAGCAGGGUAAUAUCUUAAUGAAUAAAUCAUCCAAUGUCCCUUUGCAAAUUGGCCAAGUGCGAAAAUUAACAAUCGAUGCGACUGAAAAUGCAACAUCGGAGCGAUAUUCAGCUACCUCUCAAGUCACUAUUUCUGUUGUCGAUCCUUCUACUAUUCCAUUACCAGUAUUUAAUGCUACCCAAUAUCAAGGACAAGUUAAUGAAUCAAGCCAGCCAUCGACCUAUAUCUUAACUGUCUAUGCAACGCUAUCGCAAGGAAGUCAAAAUCUACCUCUAUACUAUCAUCUGGUUGAAUCAGCUGUUCCAUUUCAACUUGAUACACUAACUGGAGUAUUAACUUUGAAAUCAACGAUCGAUCGUGAAUCCAUCGCAAGCUAUACCUUAGCAGUUUAUGCUGAAAAUAGAAAUAAUCAACCGACAAUUACAUCGACAACGCAAGUUAUUAUUACAGUAACCGAUAGCAAUGAUCAUCGGCCAAUUUUUCAACCACAACAUUAUUCAACCAAGAUUGAAGAAAAUCAACCUAGUGAUACUUAUUUAACUAGAGUUUAUGCUUACGAUCAAGAUGCAAAUAACACUAUUCAUAGUCAAAUUCGAUACCAAAUUAGAAAUAAUUAUCAAAAUCGUUUCAAAAUUAAUACAACAUCGGGUGCUGUUAUGACUGGUAAAGUAUUAGAUCGAGAAGAUAGCCAAGGAAGUACAAGUUAUACGCUCAUAAUUGACGCUAUGGAUGGUUUAGGAUUAAAAUCAACAACACCUGCAACUGUCCUUGUAACUAUCUUAGAUGUUAGCGAUAGUCCAGUUUACUUUCAACACAAUCAGUACAAUUAUCGAGUAAUUGAAAAUGCAACUAUUGGCACUGUUGUAGGCCAAAUUCAAGGAAGUACAGCCGAUAUUAAUGCAACAUUAACAUAUCAAAUUGCUGCUGGUAAUAUUAAUUCAUCCUUUCAAAUCAAUUCAACAACUGGAAUUAUCACUGUUCAUCGAUUAUUAGAUCGCGAAAAAUGGCCUAGUUAUACACUUGUUAUUACUGUUGCUCAUCAACAACAGCUAAGCCAAACCAACCAAACUCAGGCUAUAAUUAUCGUGGAUGAUAUUAAUGAUCAUGGCCCUAAAUUUACAUCAUCUCAUGCUAGCAUCAACAUUAACGAACAAAUUCAAGUGGGUAAUAUAGUUUAUAGCGCUCGAGCUCUCGAUCACGAUACAGGCUCUAAUGCUAAAACUAUCUAUCAGUUGUUAAAUGAUGCUCAAGGCCGAUUUACAAUUACCAGCGAUGGCAAUGUUACCUUGGCUAAAUCGUUAACUACGAGGCCUAUUACUACCAAUACUUAUUGGAUUACAAUAUUAGCUGAAGAUGCUAAUAUCAAUUGGCCUAUUACGCCAUCAUCCAAGCUAAAUUUGACUAUUCAUAUUAUCCGAGUCAAUCAUUAUCAACCUCAGUUUAUAACUUAUCCAAAAACACCUAUCUAUAUUGCUGAGAAUGCUACUGUAACUACUGUCUUAACGUCAGUUUCUGCUCAGGAUAAUGAUACUGGUCCAGAUAGUCAAAUUCGAUAUCGCAUAGCAUCACAAAGUAAUUCCCAAGGCGUUUUUAAGAUUGAUCAAAAUGGCCACAUUUCCAUCGCGAAAGAGUUAGAUCGUGAAAAAACCUCCCACUAUAAUCUAACUAUAUUAGCCAUGGAUAGUGGAAGCCCUGUUUUAAAUACGACAAUCAUCGUUUACGUUGUUGUAACAGAUAUCAACGAUAACAAACCAAUUUUUGAUCCAUCCUCUUAUACUAUUACUCUUACCUCGACUACACCAACAGGAUCAUCGGUUGUUACUGUCAAAGCAACUGAUGCAGAUCGAGCACCAAAUAGUAUUCUAAGCUAUAAAUUAGUUAGUAAUGCUAUAUCCAAUCAUUUCAGUAUUGAUUCAACUACUGGCCAAAUU